AUGCAAAUCACAUUCAAAGAUUUUAAGAAGCAGACAGUGCCCAUAGAUGUCGACUUGUCCGAAACAGUCUUAAUUGCAAAAGAGAAAUUGGCCAAAGAAAAGGACUGUGAGGCAUCGCAGAUCAAACUAGUGUACUCGGGGAAAGUUUUACAAGAUGACAAGACUUUGGAAUCAUACAAAUUGAAAGAAGGAUCUUCGAUUAUUUUCAUGAUAUCGAAGGCGAAAAAGACACCUACCCCCGAUGUUGCAGUGAGCUCAACCUCUACGAAUCAAGAGACUACACCUGCAACUGAACCUGUAUCGACCUCGCGAGAUGCUUCAGCUUCUUCAGCUACUCCAGCAGCACCAGAGGAAUCACAACCAACUGCACCUACGGCAUCCAACGAAUCUACUUUUGCUUUGGGCAGCGAGAGGGAAGCCACAAUACUCAAUAUUAUGGAGAUGGGUUACGAUAGACCACAAGUAGAAGCAGCAUUGAGGGCUGCCUUCAACAAUCCUCAUCGUGCAGUUGAGUACUUGAUUACUGGCAUUCCUGAAUCAUUACAACAUCGCCCACAACAAUCUUCAACGACAACGAACUCAGCUCCUGCAGUAGGAGGAGUUCCUUUGGCUGAAUCUACUACCGGCGAAGUAACACAAUCACAAAACAAUGAUGGUGAUAACAAUGACGAUGACGAUGAAGAUGACGACGACGACGAUGAAGAAGAAGCAAACACUAGCCAUGGUGGUGAGAAUCUUUUCGAGCAAGCAGCGGCAGCAGCUGCUGCGCAAGGAGGAAGAGGUGCUGGGGGUGUUUCAGGAACCGCUGGUGUGGGUGCCUCUGGAGGAGAAGAUGCAGGUUUGGGAGCUGGUGUUGGUGCCGGCGCAGGAGGCGAAGUUGGAGGCGCAGGAGAAGCAGAGCAAAUGCAGUUGUUGAGAGCAGCAUUACAAUCAAACCCAGAGUUGAUUCAACCAUUACUAGAACAAUUGUCAGCCUCAAACCCACAAAUUGCCAAUAUGAUAAGCGAGGAUCCCGAAGGAUUCAUUAGAACCUUUUUAGGAGCUGGUGGCGAGGAUUUGGGAUUUGACAUUGAAGGAGAGGAUGCUGAUAUGCUUGGUGGUGCUGAUGGUGACGGUGAAGGUGCUGAUGCACCAGGUACCGUGAGAAUUCCAAUCUCUGAACAAGACGAAAAUGCAAUCAAUAGGUUAUGCGAAUUGGGGUUUGACCGUAAUUUGGUGAUACAGGUGUACUUGGCAUGCGACAAGAACGAAGAAGUGGCAGCUGACAUAUUGUUUAGAGAUAUGUAA